AUGUUUGGAGCGAGCGUCAUCCGCCAGUCAUUGGCACAAACCAUCAAAGCUUCGACGAGGUCGUACGCGUCUGCAUCCGCCGUACAGGCCCCAAUAACACUCUACGGCAUCGAUGGACGUUACGCAACAGCCCUCUUUACAGCAGCUGCAAAAACAAAUUCGCUCGACAAGGUCGAAUCCGAACUAAAGAGAAUCAAAUCCAUUGUCGACAAGGAUGCAAACCUGAAAUCCUUCCUCGAGACCCCCAUCAUGGACCGAAUAGCAAAGAAGGAAGGCGUAAAGAGUCUCUUGAGUCAAGGAAGUUACUCAGAUAUCACAAUGAAUUUCUUUGAAUUGCUCGCUGAUAAUGGACGAUUGGAUCAGACCUUGAAGAGUAUUAGUGCCUUCUCGCAAUUGAUGACUGCACAUCGUGGAGAGGUUGCUGUUACUGUUACUUCUGCAAAGGACUUGGACCCCAAAGUCACCAAACAAUUGAAGGAUGUCUUGACCAAGAGUGAUAUGGUUGAAAAGAACCAAAAGUUGAUUGUCACCAACAAGAUCAACCCUCAAAUUCUCGGUGGUUUGAUUAUUGAAAUCGGUGACAAAACAAUUGACCUGUCUGUCUCAUCAAAGAUUAGCAAAUUGAACCGGCUGUUGACUGAAGCCAUCUAA